UUGAGAAGCAAACCCUAUGAGCAAACCGUGUAACCAGAAGCUAGUUGUAUUCUUGAGCCGCCCUCAGCAUUGAGAAGGGGAAUAACAGGAACAAGCGCGCAUAGUAUUAUAUAUUUAGUGUUAUUACAAAUGCGUCAGAUGUAUAACUUAAGUGUGCAUAUUCACCCGCUUUGAAAUUACAAACGGUAAAGGCAAGUUGUCGCGACCAACAACCGUAGAAGCAUGUCUAGGUUUGACAGAAUGCCUUCAUCCUUCUAGAAAAGCUAGCGAGUUAGCCAUCCGCUGCAACGUUAGCAGCUGGGUAACUCAGCUUCGAACCGCUUGACAUAGAAAGCCAAUUAACGUUGCACAUUUCUCCGGUGCUGCAGCCAGUGUUAACGUUAGAUUUGCCACAAAAAAUAUUUCUAUAUUUAACCUGACGGUAAAUGGAAAUUACACGAUGAUGCAGCUAGCUAACUCAUCAAUUCGAGAUAGCUGAUUUAAUCUUAAGCCUUUAGCUAUGCUUGGUAAGCGAAAACACGUUUUAUUCGAGCAAGGUAAAAUGUUGCUGUGUGUUUAACGUUUGAUACGACGCCAACCUUUGCUAGCUAGUUUUGUGUGUAGUAUCGACCUAAGCAGGCGAGCAGACCAUGAUGAGCCCCCUCUGCGGUUACGUUAGCCAGCAACACCUAAGCUAACGUUAGCUACAGAAUUGGCUAGCUAGAGAGCUAAUGUUGGCUUAUAAGUGAAAUUAAUUCGAGAACAAGUAAACCGAAGAAAGCAUCUGAGCCAGCUAAACAUGGCUUCAGAGGAGGGAUCACUGCGUGCACUGGAGAGCCUUAUGACUGAGUUCUUUCACAGCUGCACAACCAAUGAGCGGAAGAGAGAAAUAGAAGAGCUGCUGAAUAACUUCGCACAGCAGACUGGAGCGUGGCGCCACUGCUUGUUCUUUCUCUCCAAUACUCGGAAUGAGUAUGUAAUGAUGUACAGCCUCACAGUUUUUGAAAACCUGGUAAACAAGAUGUGGAUCGGAGUUGCUUCACAAGACAAGAUGGAGAUUCGCAGCUGUCUGCCCAAACUCCUACUUGCUCAACACAAAUCGGUUCCCUAUUUCAUCCGUAACAAACUGUGCAAAGUUAUUGUCGACAUUGGUCGCCAGGACUGGCCAAUGUUCUACCAUGAUUUCUUUACAAGCACCCUUCAGUUGAUCCAGUCCCCACCUCUGGCUCCAUUGGGCUUGAUGAUGUUAAAAACCACAUCAGAGGAACUUGCGUGUCCUCGAGAAGACCUGAGUGUCGCCAGGAAAGAUGAGCUGCGUAAACUGCUGCUGGAGCAGGUACCGACAGUGCUUGGACUGUUGACGGAUAUUCUUGAGACCUAUUGGGACAAGCACAGUGUCAUAGCUUCCACCCCGCCUCCCUCACCCACCUCAGGGGAAAGUGUGGAAUUGCUGGGCAGUUUGUUUCAGGGCAGCCAAUACUCAAAGCUGCUUUGCCAGCCCAUGGCAGCAUUGGACAAUGAGAGUCAGCAGCUCUGUUGUCUCGUUUUGGAGUGUUUGGCUCACCUGUUCAGCUGGAUCCCUCUGUCCACAAGCAUCACACCCACCCUGCUGGCAUCCAUUUUCCAUUUUGCACGUUUUGGUUGUGAUCUUCGGACAAAGGCCAAGACAGGAUGCUUCAUUUCCUCAAACUCCUCCUCCUCUAAUGGUCAGCUAAAUCCUGGGACAAUGCUACCAACAUCGAAUGGAGGAGGGCGAAAUGGACAACAGAGUGAGGGCAACAAGGUGGAUCGUGCCCGGCUUGGUGUACUCGCCAUGACCUGUGUCAACGAGCUUGUGUCAAAGAACUGUGUGCCAAUGGAUUUUGAGGAGUACCUGCUGCGCAUGUUCCAGCAGACCUUCUUUCUCCUGCAGAAGCUGACACGAGAGAAUAACGCCCAUACCGUCAAGACCCGCCUACAGGAACUUGAUGAGAGUUACUUGGAAAAGUUCACCGAUUUUCUGCGCCUGUUUGUCAGUGUUCACUUGAGGCGGAUUGAGUCCAGUCCUCAGUUUCCAAUUGUAGAGUUUCUUGGCCUGCUUUUCAAGUUCACCUUCAACCAGCCUACCCAUGAAGGCUACUUUGCCUGUUUGGAUAUAUGGAGUGUCUUUUUGGAUUUUCUAACAACCAAAAUCAAAAGCAGACUUGCUGACAGAGAAAGUGUUCUAAAUAGGUACAAAGAUGCCUUAGUUCUGCUAUUGAGGGAAGUUCUGAAUCGCAUACAGUUCAGAUACAAUCAGGCCCAGUUAGAAGAGCUGGAUGAUGAGACUCUGGAUGAUGAUCAACAGACCGAGUGGCAAAGGUACCUGCGUCAGAGUCUGGAGGUGGUAGCAAAGGUGAUGGAGCUGCUCCCAUCCCAUGCAUUCUCUACUUUGUUUCCAGUCCUCCAAGAUAAUUUGGACGUAUACCUGGGUUUGCAGCAGUUUAUUGUCACCAACGGCACAAAUCGGAGGCUUAAUAUCUCUGCAGAGAAUGAUUGCCGUCGACUUCACUGUUCUCUCAGGGACCUCAGCUCUCUACUUCAAGCUGUGGGACGCUUGGCUGAACAUUUCAUUGGGGAAGUUUUUGCUGCACGUUUCAAUGAUGCCCUGGUAGUGGUGGAGAGGUUGGUUGAAGUGACUUGCUACGGCUCUCAGACCAGCCUUUAUGACCUGGAGACCGCUGUGCCUUCUGUGCUCAAGCCAGACCUCAUUGACGUACAUGCACAGGCCCUUGCUGCUUUGCAAGCCUACUCUCAUUGGCUUGCACAGUUCUACAGUGAGGUCCACAGUCAAAACCAGAGCCAGUUCAUGAACCUCAUCACAUCGACAAUAGAUGCCAGUAGCCCACUCAUCACAACAAAGGUACCUGAAAAGUUGCUGCUCUCAGCAUGUCAUCUGAUGGUUUCCAUCACCUCUACAGUGAGGCCUGUGUUCUUGGUCACUUUGCCAGCUGUUCGGAACAUCUUCAACCUCAUUACUGCAGAGAAUCAGACCCGCAGACUUCCCCAAGAGGCUCACAUGUUGGUGUGUAGGGCUUUGUCCAACAUGCUGCUACUGCCGUGGCCGAAUUUACCAGAGAGUGAGCAGCAGUGGCAAACCCGCUCCAGCAACCAUGCCAGCCUACUGGCAGCACUCGCUCGUGAAUAUAAGGGAAUAAGAGGGACAGUAAACAUUACUCCACGGCAAACCGAUCUGAAUAACAUGAAAGCGGUGAUACAGCAGACCCUACCUGUGCUUAGAGACGUAGUGGACAGCAUUUCUGGGGAAUCCACCAAAUCACGUCAGAUCUGUUACCAGAGUCUUCAGGAAUCUGUCCAAGUGUCCCUCAGCCUUUUCCCAGUGUUUAUUCAGCAGCCAGAUGUGACAGACGAGAUGUUGGCCUUCUUCUUGACGCUGUUUCAGGCGUUGCGAGUCCAGAUGGGUGUUGCCUUUACAGGACAGAUUAUUCACACUUUCCUCAGCAUGUUCACCAGGGAACAGCUGGCAGCCAGUAUUUUGCAAGAGGGCAGUGCAGGGUGUAGAGUGGUACAGAAGUUCCUGAAAAUCCUGCAGGUGGUGGUGCAAGAGCCUGGUCAAGCUUUCAAGCCCUUCCUACCCAGCAUUCUCUCUCUGUGCAUGGAGCAGGUUUACCCAGUUGUGGCGGAGAGGUCUUCUCCAGACGUCAAGGCUGAGAUGUUUGAGUUGCUAUACCAAAUACUUCACCAAAACUGGAGGUACUUCUUUAAAACGUCAGUGUUAACAAGUGUCCAAAGAGGAGCUGCUGAAGAGACCAUGGAAAAUGAGGCCCAGUUCACAGCUGCUAUGCAGGCUUUUGGGCAGUCUUUCUUGCAGCCUGACAUCCACAUCUUCAAGCAGAAUAUCUUCUAUUUGGAGUUACUCAACAGCAAGCACAAGUUGUAUCACAGAAAGCUUUUCCGGACCUCGAUGCUCUUCCACUUCAUCAACGUGCUGCUGCAGGUCCUUCUCCACAAAAGUCACGACCUUCUUCAGGAGGAAAUCACCCUUGCUAUUUACAACAUGGCCUGUGUGGACUUUGAUGCCUUUUACUCUGCCUUCAUGCCAGAGUUCCUCAAUGGCUGCCAGGGUGUGGACACCAGCCAACGAGCUGUUCUCGCACGCAACUUCAAGCUUGAACGGGACUUGCCUUCAUUCACUCAAAGCGUGCAGCGGCUGGUGAAUGACCUUCGCUACUACAGACUGUGUAAUAGUAGCCUGCCGACUGGCACCAUCAAGCUAUAGCACAACGACUGCUGGAACCACUCCACACAUUGAUGAUCUUCAAGGACUGCCUGUGCUGACCACUUUGCCCAACACUCCUACUCCAAUCCAGCUUUGCUCCGUCUAUUCAAAGUAAUAGGAAGGAACAACACGCAUCAUAUUGUUGAGUAGUUGGAGGUUGAGGAUGCUGCUGAUGUUUCUCUUUGAUCUCUACUGUAGAAGGUUGGCAUGUUAUUUUUUUAAAGCAGCGCCCUCCUAAUGUGUUGCCAAUGAUAAUUUGGCAAGAAAUGUAAACCUGGUCUACAGUUGGCUUUUGCCCAGACCUGGAGCAGUCUGAGCCAGGCCUUCUUUCCCAUACGUCCACAACCAAGCUGGGCUGGGACUGAGCACUUUCAACUCAUUUUGAGUUUUUAAAAUGUCUGCUUUUAUUCAUUUUGCCUUUAAUUUUUUUUCAUCUCCAAAGGAGACAGACUCUCAACUUAAGAUCUUUCAUAUCAUUCCAUUCUGAAAAAGUGAAAACCUGCUUGAUUAAUAAAGUGCUUUUUUUUUAGUAAAACUCACUCUUGCAGUGGUUUGUAAGAAUAAUGGUUGUAUUGAGAGAUUCAUAGGCUUGUCUGUAUGUUUACACUGUUUUUGCUUUACACUUGUCAAUGGCAUCUUUUUAAAAUUCCUUUUAACUUAAAUACAUCUACUUAACUGCUGAAUAAUUGUUUAGGCCUUGAAUUGUUUAAGAACACAUGCACAGGCCUCUACAGAGCCAAUGGAUAAUGCAGGGCCGAUUUUAAUUGUGAGAAUUGCUAAAGCUUUUGACAGAAUGCAAAGCAUCAACAAGUGACAAAUGCUGUGUGAGGAUGCAGAAGAAAGGAAGCGUCAGCAUAGAAAGAAUAAUUAAACUUAUUAUAUUUACUUAACAGUAAUGAUGAGGUGAAACAACUACACCAACACAACAUGUUGCAUUACCUUUUCUUUUGGUUGAGCUCUCGGUGAGGAUUGAAGCUCAACGUUGGUGUCUGUAUCAGGGCUUUUAGCAGCUCUGAAGCUUUUCUUGGCUGCUGUCUUAAUACUGAAGGCAAAUGCAUGUUCAGAUAGGAUGGUAGGUAAACCUACAUAGUAAAGCUAUGCAAUUGGUGGAUAUUAGAAUACAGGCUGCAAGUUCAUAAGACUCAGAACAGCCUACAAGUUGUACGUAACUAAUGGAUUUGAUCGCUCGACUCCCUCAAUUUGAUAAGAUCUUGUUUUUGGCUCAAAAUCUGAUGUUUAUGCUAAUUAUAUACUAGUUAUGUCUUGAAUUAAUGUAAAACAAAUAUAAAUGUUAUUGCAAGAUAUUAGGCUUCCAUUUAGUGCCGAUAGAACUUUUACAGACUAACUGCAUCAAAGAUUAACCUGAAAUGUUUUGAAAUCCCUAGAUUUUCAUAUUUGUGGUUUAGGGCAUUCCACCAAUUUUACACCUCAACAUUAUUAUUUUUCAUGAUUUAUUAUUAUUAUUGGGUACUUUUAAAGCCUUUUAAAAAAAAAAAAAAAAAAGGGGUUUCUAUGGCUGUCAAGUUUGUAACAAUAACCUUAACCUGCUUUACAAUGUUUGGAGCUUGGAGUGUUUAAGACACUAGUGAGUUGCAUUAUGGGAAGUGUAGGAUCCAUCAGUUUAGGAGCAAAAAAGAGGGUAAAAAUGCUUCUGGGGCAUCGAAUUUGUUUUACUUUUUUUUUUGUUUUUUUGUUUCUGCAAGUCCACCAACAUAAAAUUGUGGCUUACCUUAAAAGUUUGGAUAUGCUGUAAAACUUUAAUAAUGUUAUCAAAGCUUUAUUGGUAAAAAUUGAAGUGCAGGAUCAGUGUGUUUAUAAUUAAAUCCAAGGAUGGAAUUAGACAUCGUACAAGUGUUUUGGAAUCAUUGGUAAAUGCUGGAAUAAAGAAAAUUCUGCAGAAA